CCGGGGCGGGGCGGCUGCUCCCGGCUGCAGGCGAGGCGGGAGGGGGCGGGCGGAGUAGCCGCGUCCCUGUGUGGGUCGGCAGGAUUUCCCGAUCUCGCCGGCUUCUUUUGGCAUAGGCUCGGAACUCCUUUCCUCGGGCGUGGAGUAGGAGCUCUCCCGACGCUGCCCGGGGAAUGCCGGCCGGGCCGGUGCCGCUGCAGGAAGAGCCAUUCUCCCGACCCUGGAAGGCCUUGGCACAGCUCGCCAGUCUCUGUGUUCGGGGGUUUAUGUGGCAAUCAGAGCAGAAUGGAUCGGUGAUGGGAGUCCCAGGCAUCCUGGCUUUGUUCUCCUCACAGAGGAAGAAUCCAUUUCUUGUGAAUGUACUGAUAGUUGCCUCCAUAGUCUCUUGUGUUGCCAUCCUCAUUGUAAUAGUUUACAGCUCCUUCACACUGAAGUAUGGUGAAGAGGAGGAGCUGAGUUCUGCCCCAGUCCAUGUUAUCCAUACUAGGUUUGUACUCAAUAAAGUUGUCAAGGGUGCUAACAUAGCCAUGCUGGCUGUAUCCAUCUGCAGUGCAUUUUUUGUGCUGGCCAUGGCUUACUUGGGAUGCCUGAGUCUUCCACGCUGCUCCUGCUAUGACAGUGUAACUGGGAUGGAAUGGUUGCAACCUAGUGAGGACCAAAAUCAGACUGUGGAAAUGGUUUGUGCUGUACAAAGCCCUGGGGGGAGAAUUUUUAACUUCAGAGAUCGGUUUCUGGCCCAGGAUGUAGAUGCAGAAGAAGACACAUCCAAACCUCCACCAUAUAUCAGAAUGACUUGAAAAAGUAGCCAAAUGUGGCAAGAGAGAUGCAAUAAGUUCUUAAAGAUGGUUAUGCACUUUUCCUUGGCCUUUUGAAAAACACACACAGAAAGAGAGAACUACUGAAUGCCCAACACUGAGCAGAGAUCACAGUGCAGAGGGAAAGAUCUGCAGGUGAUUUUGUACUUUCAGACUUUGUAUAGUGAAACUACCUUAUUGCCUCUGGAAAGUGAGAGCAUUUUUUCCUCCAGCUUUUGUACUCAGAUCACGUCUUAUUUCACUAGAAUUCAUCAUGCAAUUUGUGUAGCAGUUCUAGCCUUAGGCAUUUAAAUAUUAAAUACAAUUCCUUUUUCUUCAA